CAGAGAUGGAGAGAAUGACGCUGGCUGCUUACUGUGGGAUUUGCUGUAGAAAGAUUGGAACUUUUCAGUCAGUUGCUAAAACAGACAAAUCAUGGAAAGAUAUCAGGAAAAUUGCGAAAGUAACUGGCUCACUUAUUUUAGGGGGUUGUGUCUUCGCUACAUAUGAACUUCUUACUUUAAAGAGGUUACUCUCUUUUGAUACCCAAGUGGUACAACAAGAAAAAUUGAAGUCUUACAUUUAUUUGCAGACAGCUUCUUUGGAUCCAAAUGAGUAUCAGGGGAUUACUUAUCAAAUAAGAAAGGAACUUCAUCGAGCUGCAAGGAAAAUACUAGAAACAAAUGCUAAAAUUUUUCGAUGGCCGUUUCAUGACUGUGUCGGUACAUUUGAUGUAGAGGAAUAUGAGAGUGCCUUGUGGCUCCUUCUGAAAAGAAGCCUGUCAGAAGACAAAAUGGUUCGAAUACAAGCUGUGCAGGAUCUGGCCUCCAAUCAUUUCUGGCGAGAUUAUCAGUAUAGGACAGUUGCCCAAGCUAGUGAUCAAAGAACUGCAACUGGCUUAGCUCGAUGUAAAGAUGUUGACCUGCGAUUUUUCCUGCCGCCACCUCCUUUACCAAAAACAAAAGAUAAGUGUUGUUUGGAAGAUGAACUUCGAGUGCUAUUGGCAGCCUUACCACAGACAGAUUUUGACCAGUGUGUACAGUAUUUCACAUCCUUGGCUUUAAGGGAAAGCAGUCAGACCAUUGCUGCACAAAAGGGAGGCUUAUGGUGCUUUGGUGGAAAUGGGCUGCCUUACUGUGAAAGUCUCAGUACUGUCCCUGCUGACACAGUUGAACUCUUUUGCUUGCAAGCCUUAGUGCAGCAUUCCAAGAUUCCUACUCAUUGUGAUAAAAUUGAAUCAUAUGGUGGGCUUCAGUUGCUGCAAAAACUAUACCAACUCCGAAAAGAUUCUUCAAAAAUACAAAGGAGUAUAAUUCAUAUAAUUGGAAACAUGGCACUGGAUGAACGACUUCAUUCAUCUAUAUUUCAUGCAGGUUGGGUUUCAGUACUAGCUGAAGUUAUGAAGUCUCAGCGCAUCAUGGAUUCCUCACAUGCAGCAAGAGCCUUGGCCAACCUAGACAGGGAAGUAGUACAGGAAAAGUAUUCAGAUGGAGUGUAUCUUCUGCAUCCACAAUGUCGAAGCAGUCAGCCCAUUAAAGCCGAUGUCCUUUUCGUUCAUGGUCUUUUGGGGGCAGCAUUUAAAACUUGGCGGCAACAGGACAUUGAGCAGACUGCGAACGAGAAGGAAUUGGAUACAGAAGAUGAUUAUAGUGAAUGUUGGCCGAAGACAUGGUUAGCAUCUGACUGUCCUAUGCUUAGAAUUAUAUCUGUGGAAUAUGAUACCCACCUGAGUGACUGGAGAGCAAAAUGUCCUGUGGAGAGCUACAGGGAGUCUCUUGCCUAUAGGAGUUCUGAGCUUCUCAAGAAACUAAGAGCUGCCGGUAUUGGAGACAGACCUCUUGUAUGGAUGUCACACAGCAUGGGGGGUCUUCUAGUCAAGAAGAUGUUGCUGGAUGCUUCCAAGGACCCAGAAACGAAUUCCAUUGUAAACAACACCCGGGGAAUUGUAUUUUAUAGCGUCCCUCAUCAUGGUUCUCGGUUGGCUGAAUAUUCAAUAAACGCUAGAUUUCUGCUGUUUCCUUCUGUGGAAGUUAAGGAACUCAGCAAAGAUUCUCCUGCACUGAAAGCCCUGAAUGACGACUUCCUCUCAUUUGCUGAGGAGAAGAAGUUUCCUGUAUUAAGUUUUGCAGAAACAUUACCAACACGAGUUGGCAAGAUGCUGAGCCUGCUUGUGGUACCAGUGGAAUCUGCAGAUCUAGGCAUAGGAGAACUCAUUCCAGUAGAAGUUAGCCACCUGAAUAUCUGCAAGCCCAAGAACAAAGAUUCUUUCCUCUAUCAACACACUCUAAAGUUUAUUCAAGAAACUUUAGCAGGAGAUCUGAGAAACUAAUGAAAUACUAUAAGACGUGUCUUAUUUAUUCAUGAUGUCUCAUGUAAUUCCAAAAGACAACUGUGCUGAAGCUGUGGCUGUGUUUGUAGGGCUUUGGAGGUACAGCAGUGGGUUUUAUUGCUGGCGAUUUGGUCUCGAACAUCUCAUAAUUGCAGGUGUUUGGGGUAUGCUUAUAGUAUGAAAAUGCAUAAAUGCCCAGUGCCAGGCCUGUCAAGAAGUCAUCAUAUCUUUUUUUUUGUCCUCCAUUUUUUUUGUUUAUACUUACCUGGGAAAGUAGCAGAGUCUCUUGCAAGACAUGCUAAGAAGCACAUGCUGGUCCAUAAGAAUCAUAAAAGUGCCCUUUUACCCUAGGAAAGCCCAUGCUGCUUUUGUAAUAAUUUUGGCCAGCCGUAGGUCACAAGAUGAGCAUAGGAUGAAACUUCUCACAUAUAUGUACCAUAGCAAUGCAAUGCACUAGAAUAGAGCAUCUGACCAAGCCCUCCUCCUCCUAUAUACCAGAAACACCAUGCUAUCUUUUGUCAAAAUGUGCCAUAAACCACGUACAACAAAAGUUGCACUGGCUGCGUGGGAUGAAAAUAGCAUAGGGGUAAGGGAAACCAUUUUAUUAUUGAUUUUCUGUACUUACUUUAACUAGAGUCCUGAGUCAAAGAAAGAAGUUUUAAAGUAGUUGCUUUUAUUGACUUCACUUUGUAUAAAAGCCUCUGGAAUAAGAAUUAAUGUCUCCACUAGCAUCCACUAAAUUAUUCUGCAUCCAAUAAAUUAUUCUGAAUUUAAAGCUAAGGCCAACAUUGUCUGAACUUCCGUUAUAUAUGGGCAGUAUAAAGGAAUACAGUAUAUUCCUGUAUACAGGAAUUUAACACAAUCCUAACACUCAAUGGCUCAAUUGGGGGCAUCGCUCUAAGCUAAGCAAGGUUUCCGGUUCUGAAACAACCAAGCAAAUUAUGGUAAGUAAAGAACUGCUUUACAGCUUUGAGAGCAGUGGCCUCUGAAGCCAAACAAAUGACCAUAACUAUGGUUUGUCAUUUAAAAUGUGUCAAAUCAAAGUUAGCAUAAAUCUGUUUCCCUGGUGUGCUCGCUAAUUACACUCCAUAGUUUUUCAGUUCAGACAUUACACCAAAUGAUAGCUUCCUUUCCUCCACUUUGCAUUGAGCCAGUGUAUUUAACAGUAAUACAAAAGACAUCAAAAGUGAGAUUUUAAAAAAACACACAUUUUAUCAAACAGAAGCCAUUUGUGGGCAAAAAUUGAGCUAUAACCUGCUACUGUAUUAUGUUGUUUGGAAAUCGUAUGUACAACUGUCAAGCUGAUGAAGCUCUUAUAUAACGCUACAAAGUGUGUAAUUUUAUAAAGUGUGCUCUGGUUUAUAUUGUAAUAUUAUUUAUGCAAUAAUGAAUUGUCCAAUGCAGUAUGUAUUGCUUUCAAAUAAAACCAGAAAAGUAUUAAUGCAGGAAGAGCUAUUAAAUGGGGAAAGUUUUGAUAACAGGGAGCUUAAAAUGGAUUCAUACAUAUAAGCUGAUGCUGUGGGCAAGUGAAGAACAUGGACAUGUGAGCUAGACCUCAGCUAUGGUGAGUGUGCCUUGAUGAAAUAAAGUCAUGAAAUUUUGCCUAAGUACCCCCAGAAGAGUUUUCUAUAUUUCUAGCUUUGCAUUUUAAAGAAAGAUUAUCAGAACUUUUCAGAUCAGAUCUUGGGAGUUGUGAUUACUCAGCAGUAAAUCAUUUUAGAGACAACUAACAAGCCCCUCAGAACAAUUAAUUUUGUAAAAAUGUACAUUUGAACCUGAUAGGCUGUCUUGAUGCUGCUUUGAUUUGUUAAAACUGAGUUACACAAGCAGCAAUUGAUUACACAGAGGAGGUUACUGCAAAGAUUUAUGUUUUAAUGAGGCAGUUCACCAGUCAGCCACCUCUAGGCUAUAAUGUCAAGAGAAAGAUACUACACUUAGUCAAAUGAAGUGAUAAAAACAACUUGCAAUUUAUAAAUCUACUUGAAUGAACUUUCCUUCUACCACAUUUAUUAUAAUGCAAAUAAGCUGCCAUGAAGCUGUUAAAUUAUCUUUUAUUGUA